UACUUACAGAACAUUUCUUCAUUUUGAUUCGAGGUGUCUAAGAGAGCUGAGCCCAGUGUGGCACCUCUGAGACUCUGCACCAUGCCCCCCAAGUUGCACAGCAUUCUCCCAGCCCUGUACCUCCUGGGGGUCUUGACCCUACUGCUGUGCCCUUCAGGCCUGUGUGAUUGCAGAAUACCUCCUGGUAUUGCCCAUGGAUCCCAUCAUGACAUAAGUUCAUUUUUCUCCUUUACGACUGUGGUGCACUAUGAAUGCGAUGAAGGAUAUGUUCUGGUUGGAGACCCCCAAAUCACCUGCAGAAGUUCACAAUGGUCAUCUCCAGCCCCUCAGUGUAAAGCGCUGUGUCUGAAACCAGAGGUAGAAAAUGGGAAGCUGUCUGAGGAUAAAGAUCUGUUUAUUGAGUCUGAAAAUGUCACCAUCCAGUGUGACUCUGGCUACGGUGUGGUCAACUCUCAGAACAUCACCUGCUCUGAAAACAGGACCUGGUACCCAGAGGUGCCCAAGUGUGAGUGGGAAGUCCAUAAUGGCUGUGAGCAAGUGGUAGAAGGCAGCAAACUCAUGCAGUGUCUCCCAAGCCCCGCGGACGUGAAAAUGGCCCUGGACGUGUACAAACUGUCUCUGGAGAUUAAACGACUCAAGCAAGAGUAAGACUUGAGGAGGAACACCCGUUAGAACUCAGUACAACAUAAACCGAUGAACAAAAACAGAUCUAGAGACAGGAAGCAUCGAUCAGACUCUCAAACCCCAGAGGAAAGCCAGGGGAGGGUGGGGGUAAGGAGGAGAGAUCAACCAAAGGACUUGUAUGCAUGCAUAUAAGCAUAAGAGAUGGACGCAGACAACAGGGGGUGAGGGCAGGGGCAGGACUGAGGGGAUGAGGGGACAAUGGGGGUAUAAAGACACAUUUGUAAUACCUUAAUCAAUAAAAAUAAAAAAGAAAAAGAAAACAGUACAUCGCUUUCCCCUCACUCAUCACCCCCUAGUAAAGCAUUAGGUAUAUUUCUUAUUAGCAAGUCUACUGUAUUUUAAGUAUUAUUUACUGGGGGAAAAAACAAACAUCUGUUUUAGAAGAAUCUUAGUGACACUGAUAAUGUAGAACUAUUGAUCACUUGUAUCUUAGCUCAUAUUAAGCUCUGUUUUCCUGGAUUUGGUGGAACGGCAGAAAUAAAGAAUCACCUGUCAAAAA